UAUCCCCUCUCCCUUGCCCUCCCUUCUCUCCUCCGCUCUCAUCUCUUCUCUCCACAGCAGCGCGUCUCUCACCGAUCCUUGGAUGCCGUGUGACCAGCAGCACUAAGCGGAGAAACCGUCCAGCAAACCGCCGUCCAGCACAGCAAAAAUCAAACCCAAACGAUGACCUUCUUACAGAUACGACAGAAGAAAACAAUUAUUUGACAACUUCCGACACCACACUUUGCCUUCGCCGCUCCUCGCUGUAACGCCCCGCUCCAACUCUAAGGCCCUCCUCCCCAGCCUAUCGGCCCCCCAGUCCAGCAGGACCAUGAUGCUUAGUAGUUCUGUGGAGGUGCCCAGCCCGGGCGGGCUGAGCGGCCUUAGCGGUCUGAGCACAGCAGCACACAAUGUGGUGCGCUCCUCCAGCAUCUCCGGAGCCAUGUACAACCUGGAGAAGAGUCCCGGCAGCAGGGGCCCGGACUCCACAUCGUUGGCUGGCAACAAGAAGCGGCGCUCCAGUCUGGGCGCCAAGAUGGUGGCCAUUGUGGGGUUGUCCCAGUGGAGUAGGAGCACACAACAGCUUAACCAACAAGACGGCGGGACGAAGAAGCUUCGCAGCACCAUCCGGCGGAGCACAGAGACCGGCAUUGCCGUCGACAUGAGGAACCGAGUGACACGGCAAGGCAGCAAGGACUCAACCGACGGCAGCACCAACUCAAACAGCUCUGAUGGAACCUUUGUCUUCCCUACCACACGCCUGGGGCCAGAGAGCCAGUUCAGUGACUUUCUGGAUGGAUUAGGCCCCGCUCAGAUCGUAGGCCGGCAAACGCUAGCUACACCUCCCAUGGGGGAUGUCCAUGUAGGCAUGGUAGACAGAGGAGGACAGCUGGAGGUGGAGGUCAACCAGGCCAGAAGGUUGACCCCCAAAGCGGGCUCCAAGAACACACCAGCGACCUACGUGAAGGUGUAUGUGUUGGAGAAUGGCGUGUGCUUGGCCAAGAAGAAAACCAAAGUAGUAAAAAAGAAUCUGGACCCCACCUACCAGCAGGCUCUGUUGUUUGAUGAGAGUCCUCAAGGCAAAGUCCUACAGGUAAUAGUGUGGGGGGAUUACGGGCGUAUGGACCACAAGUGCUUCAUGGGAAUGGCCCAGAUCCUUCUGGAGGACUUGGACCUGUCUGCCACAGUCAGCGGCUGGUACAAGCUGUUCCCUACCUCCUCUCUGGCAGAUCCCAGCAUUGGACCCCUCACCAGACGCCUCUCCCAGUCCUCCCUGGAGAGCGCCACUAGCCCCUCGUGCACCUAAACACCCAGUAGACACCCACAUACGCAGGCAGAGUCAGACGCGGACACACCUUCUGUAUAUACACAACGACUGUAUUCAAAGUGCAACACAGGUAGGCAUACACACACGUACCCAUCUGUGCAGGAACACACAUUUGACAUACAGGUACAAAUACCUGAUCUCAUCCACGUGAAUACACACACUGACACGCUGCCAUAUCCUCCCCUACGUCCAUAUUCUCACUCACUGAGCAGUAUUUCAGUUCCAACUUGAGGUAGACUUAAUUUACCAACACAUGUAGCACUUUCCACCGUACCAUUUCAACACUUCCUACCAUGACACAGCAAAACUGCAUUUCAAGUUACCAGAUUUCCGUGGCACGACCCAUCCCACGACAUUCCGAUGCCAGUUUAUAAACUCUCUAUGCCAAACUAAGGGGGAAAAAAAACUUUAUUUUUUAAAACCAAAGCAAUUGUUGUUAUUAUUACUAUAAGUAGUAGGUGAUCUAGUAUACAGUAUAAAGUAUGGAUAUGUAGCAGAGUCAAUGACUUAGAUGUAAUGCAAAAAAGAAGAUACAUUCUACACACACGAGCUGAGAACGGCAGGCCAAACACAUACCUGGGCAUCAGGCUUGGAUAUUCACAUAAUGGCUAUUAUGUGAUGUAGCAACACUGCUAUUCUAUAAUUUUCACAGGGCAGUUUAUAUAUAGAUAUACAUAUAUAUAUAUAUAUAUAUAUAUAUAUAUAUAUAAAUAGAUAGUUAAAUACUUGUUUGUGUUUAUAUAUGUAUCAGCUGCAUUCUGCAUGUUUAAAUGCACCCCUUGAGACAUUUGAAAGUGCUUCAAUCUUUUUAUUUUGCCUGCCUCGACUAAUGUAACAGGAGUAUUAGCGCCCCAUCAUUUUACAAUCCGUCCUGGGAAACAGCACUGCACCGAGUUAGGGAGACGGGUAGGCUUUGGUGACAGGGGGGAGGGGGGGCUGGGGGGAGGCAGCGCUAUGAGGAGAAGAAGAGAACAAACGACUCAGCCAGCUACUCAUCUGCUGAUGAACAAAAAUUCUGAUCCCGCCUUCAUCUUUAGAGUGAGGGACUGUUGCGCCAUGCAGGGCACUUAGCACAUAGGCGUUGGGGGAAAUGUGUCCAGCUCUAGUCUGGGGUUCUUGUGUGUCUUGUUGUGCCACAUCCAGGGGGUGCCACAGUCCCACUUUCAACACCGUAUUGUUUGAACUUUCUGUUGAUUUCCCGGUUGUGAGGUCCUCUUUGGGGCGAGCGUGUCUCUUGUCUCUCACACACAGACAGCUGGCACACUCACUGACUUUAACUGUUGUAUUUCCAGAUUCGUUUUUCUUUUUCAUAUCAGACUGUUUACGUCAGUGUUAACUUUUCCAGCAGGUUGAUUGGUAACCUGUGAUGUACGGUAGAUUUACUAUUUAACUUUCAGUUGCAACAUCGCAAUCUUCAUGUCUCCUGUCAGGCAGUGUGUUUGUGUUAAAGAUGGCACUUUACCGUAAUAUAUGUAUUAUUUUUGAAUUAUAGACAUGCAGCGGUAGUCCAACUGUUAUUUUUUUGUUUUUAUUUGGUCCCACUGCAGUGUGCAUCUCUGAAUUGUUUAAAUGAAUGCCAGUAUGGAAAUGUAACACAGGUUUUGAAUUUGAGUGUAAAGGCUUGCUAGGACAGGUGAAACAGGUCAGUGCUGCCACGCAGUUUUCAACUUCAGUCUGAGUAACCAUAAUUUAAAUCUUGUACAUUGGCUUAUUCAAAAACAUAGUUUUGUUUUUGCAAGUAAAUCUUAAAAGUAUGUCUGGAAGGAUAAUGGCAUGUUAAUCUAAACAUGUGCAAUUACGUUUGAGUAUUUAAAAUUCCUUUUUUUGUUAAAGAAAUAGCUUUUAAUGUUCACUUCGCACAAUUACCAACGGCACUAUGUUGAAUUUAUUUGCAUUUGAAAUCACUAAAAUGGUAAGACUGACCUGGCGCCUGUUAAAGUAAAAUGUGCAGUGGUUGAGUCUUAAUUGAUGGCAGAGGAGUAGCAGGGCAAACGGAGCUACUGGUGUUUACUGUUUUGCUUUAUGAUGAAAAUGUCCUCAUUCUCUUUCGUGGUUCCGAGGGUUUUUGAAUCUGUCGGUCUUAGGACCAACACCAAACCUUGUGUAUGGAUAAAGACACUUUAGAGCCCUAUUUCAGUAGUGGUAGGAGAGAGUUCUAGGCUCUUAAAAGCGUGUGCGUGUUUAUAAAAUCCCAUUUGGUUUUAUCUCCACCGUCUGUUCUGUCUUCUGCUUCGAACUGUUUGGCUCACUCUUCUCUUCAUCUUUCUGCAAAAAGGGAAACUGCGAGGCACUUUGUCUCGUCAGCACAUCAGACCAACAGAGCUCACAUUUCAACACUCUUUGAACUUUGGAUAAAGGGAUCUCUGGCAUUCUUGAAUUUUUUUGGGAGGAUGAUGAUGGUGACGGUGAUUUUCAGACCCUCCCAUCAUAUAUACAACCCUUUUUAGAAGAACCAUCAAGGUCUGGGUUCCAAUUUCUUUUUAACCCUUUGGAGCUAUUCCUUGCUGGAUCUGUAACUGUAUGGUCUUGUAUAUGAUGUCAUUUUAUGUACCUUUUUUAAUUUGUAACUUAUCUAUUUUUUGUGGACAGCUGGCAUGAUGUAAAAAUAAGGACUUAUACUCUUAGUAUUUGCACACAUUCUCUUCAUGGCGCGCCUUUUGUGAGGUCAAAAGAAACUUGGUUUGUAUAACAUCCCUGCUGAAUGUUUAGUCCUUGGUAAACUUUAAAAAUUAAUAUUUUUACAUGUGAUAUCCAAUGCUUUGAAGCUUAUAUGAGACAGUGUAUGUCCCUUUGCUGUAAAAUGAGUAGCCUGAAACAGUUAUUACUAAUGAUUGAAAGUAGAGGAAGAGACAAUGCACAGAGCUAGUUAUUCCCAGGGAGUGGUUCAUGGAGAGCAGAGAGCAUCUGCCGACUUAGUCCAAAUCUUUUGAAUCCUGCAACCAAAAGGAAAGUUGAAGUAUUGCCUUUCUUCAAAGUGUAGUAUACGUGUAUGUCUUUCAAUGAGGUGCAUUUAUUGUCCUGUGCGAUGCAUAAAAAUGAGCACCAAAACGUCUGUGAGAGAGAGAUUUAAAUGUGUAGAUAUUUAUUAAAAAAAAAAAAAGGCCACUUGUAAACUCUUGUUGUGGACUUCAGGGUUUCAGGGAAGGAUCAGGGUUUUCAGAUAUGAACAUUAACGCCUCUCGCCGUUUUACUUUAGAUUAGAACAAAUUGACUGCAGUCACACGAUCAACAUGCAUUGUCUCAUCACGUUUGACUUUUUUUGACACUACUGUUUUAAGGGGGUUGAAAAGGUUGCAUAAGGAGAUGUUGAAGCCUCACAAGCAGCAGGGUUAACUGCGGUCAGGCAGUGUUACAGCAGGGUGUGUAAAUGGAAAGGUAGAUGCAUGCAAGCGGGUCGCUUAAUUGUUGGAUUAAUCAAAGUCUUUAUCAUAGACACUUUGGCAUUUUAUUGGAAACGGCACGGGGCAUGUAGAGCUUGUUUGAGAUGGGUAAAGACAGUCUUAUCUUAAAUUAGACAGGCAUCUGGCUCAGCUGAGUUUGAAUAUAAGGGCUGUGGAUGCUUUGUAAUGUAAACCCACACGCUCGCUUGCUUCCCCGUGAAAGCCACAUUAAGCAUUCUCAAACCCAACUUUUAUUGUGUGCUAAACUUUUACAUUGUACCUUCAAUCAACCGGAAUCGUCUCUUGAGUGCUAUGUUGGAAAUGUGUUUUAUUUUUGUAAGUAGAGAGGUAUUAUUCGGAGGAGGAGAGAGAAUCAGAGAGGCAAAAACAUAAAAAAAACCUGCCUUGAGAUUUUUGUGAAAAUGAGGGCUUGUCACGUGUACAAUGGCCUUAUUUUGUGUAGGGGACAUUGCUUCACUAUUGUAGCACACAAACUGAAAGUUUUGACAAAUGUAUUUUGCUUGAAAUAUUGUACCGAAGUUAUAUAUGUCUAUAUGUAUAGUUUUAUGAAUGUAUUUCUUAAUCGUUACACAAGAACCGAGUGUAAUCUUUUUUUCAUCUUGUUUGCUAUACCGUCUCUUUGAAGACCUUCCAGGGAGCUCGCCUGCAUUGGUUUGAGGCAGCCCCUACUUUAACUGCACUGUUUACUGUACGUCUUAGUCUCAUUCUUUGUGUCUUCAUUUGAAAAGAACGGCUCUGUGGUUGAAAAAAAGCAUGAGUUCUGUUUAACAAAAUGCCUUUUUAUUUCUUUAAAUGGGUUUCCAACAGAAAUGAUUGCUGUCCCCUCCCCACACACACACCUACCAACUAACCUGAACUUGAUUUAUCUAUCAAGUUGAUGGAAUUGUUAGGAUUUUUGUACUUUAAACUUACAAAUGUUCGCCGCAUGGUUACUUUGAAAAAGUUUGUAUUUACUCUUCAUGAUGAUAUGAUUAUGAUAAAAAGUAUGAUAAUGACACAUGAUGAGGAGGUUAAUUAGACACAGUUCAAUCUCAAAGGAAAUUCACUGUAUCUUAAAGUAGCAUGGACUUAGACUUCCACUUUUCUGAAAUACUUGUUCUUGCAAUAACCAUUGGCGGUAGCCUCCACUGUUGCUGGGGCCUUCACUUUGGGCCUCGGCUUCUGUCUCGCUCAUUCCAGUUGGGUUGUGUACAGUCUAUAUCCACGACCUUCCACUUCUGGGAUUGCCCCAUUGCCGCCUGAAGUCUAAGUUUUCUUUUGCACGGCUAAAACAACUUGAACGUACACGUUCCACCGUAACAAGUUCCUUCCGGCGGCACCGGGGCUCCACGCAGCGCUUAGCGCCGCCCAAGACAAUUGUGAGUGGUUGAGUGAAUGCCAAUAAACCAGAGCGCAUUUUUCUCCCAAUCCCGGAAUGCUGUGUGGACUCGCCAGACCUUCCUCCACAGCGCCGUGACGGAAGGGUUGGCAAAGCGAGACUAGGUUGUGCGUGACCUCAGGCUGAAUCUACAUCAGUUCACCACGAUGACGAAUAGGAAAUCAAUUCGAAUCACAUUUCGAAACACUAGAAGCGGUUUAGACGUAAUAGAGCAUGCCAUGCAUUGUGAAUAACUGCUAUUUUAUAAUGGCCCCAUGAGCAAGAAUCUUAAUUUUUUUUUGAGUUUUUACUUAACUUUCUUUCAUUUUCGAACGACGCAUGCAUUCCAAAUGUCUGUUUGCUUAUGUACGGGAGCAAAACCGACAUCACUGCUAAACUGAUCGGGCAAAUUAGAGUUUUUACUGCAGAUUAUGCCAGUUUGUCUUCAUCCACAUCUGUAAAUGUGGUAUAUCACAGCACAAGUUUCCUGAGUAGCCAUUUUGUCCUUUUCAACUGUGUGUAAAACUAUAUUAAGACCACUGUAGCUCCCCUCCCCACUAUCAAGACAUCCUUUAUCCUAUCAAGCCCAGCAGAGCACAUUUAACUUCCAAAAACGAGGGGAAUCUUUGAAUAGUGUCAAUUUUAUUUGAUGGACCACAAUGACCCAAGCACAUAGAGUAAAUAGAUGCCUUGGAAACAAAUGUAAAGAUGGAUAAAAGCAUCUGGUGAAAUCAAACAAAACCUUCAGCCCAGUUAAGGUGGAUUGCUGGUGUUGGUGGAUAGGCGGUUGGCCUUUCUUAACCAGCCUCAACCCUUCCACCGUGGAGCGUUUCAAAAGGGAAAAGGGUGCUUAUGAAAAGAAAGAGGGAGCUGUAAUUUUAUACCUGUGCUUUGUAAAUGUUUUCUAUGUGCAGUAUUUGAUAAUGUAAAACUGGUAUUUUUGUGGUUUGUACGCUGCAGAAUUGAUUACUUAAGGUGCACGUAGUUUUGUAAGAAAAUGGACCCAAACUGAGGAAAAAAACAAUUUUGGAUUCGGAAGCCUGUAUUUGCAUGCCCUUUGCCAUCUGGACGCAAAGUCAAUAAAGUUUAUUUGAAUCACAAA